AUGGAGACCGAGGUCGACGUGCUCGACCUGUACAUGAAUGGCACGGAUUGGUGCUUUGACAUCAAGAAAUUCUACGAGAUCCGGAAUUCAAGUCCCAUGGCCUACGCAUUGCUCAUCAUGCAACCACUUGCCUCAUUUUGCGUCCUGGCCACAAUUUGGCAGGUACUCGCCAUUACGAUGGAACGAUACCUUGCCGUCACAAAUCCGCUAGAACAACGAACACUAAAAGCCAAAUUUGGAUCCAAGUGGAUUUGCGGAACAAUCAUUGUCGUCUCAGCCCUGUUGAACCUGAUCCCAGUACCGUUCGAGCGGAUGAUAACGGACUGCUUCUUGCUGAAAGCCGGGCCGGAAGGGAUCAAAACGUUUCACUACAGUCAAUUGCUGAAGAUCAAGGAGGAGGGCAGCUUGACGGCAGCGUUGCUGCACCUGAUCCCCGACUUUGUCUUCCGUGCCCCGCUCCCAAUCCUGGCCAUCGCCCUCCUGACCGGCCGCACGAUCAGGGUGUGCAACGAGAGACACGUUGGUGGCACUCUUGUUGCCAAGUCGAGGAGAAACAUUCAGCUCCAAUUGGCGCUACUCAGCUUCAAGUUCAUCCUGUGCAACACGCUGUACAUGUUCAACACCGUCCUGAUCGAGCUGUUCGGCAUUGGGCUAUACUUGAAGCCUGGCUGGAACUCGGACGAAGCGGCGGCUUGGCACUACAUGAACAGCUUCUACCUGACCGACGUCUCGAACCUGUUACUCCUCGUCCACUCGGCAACGAAUUGGCUGCUCUUCUACAAUUUCCCAAAGUUCCAGAGGAAGCAAAGUGCCGUCCUCCAAAGCUCGUCCUUCACCUCGAUUCAAAGGACUUCCAUGACGGAGCAUUUCGCUAAGUUUGCGCUGAAAACGAUCGCCAACCGGAAACAGCAGAUUGGGAGGGAAAUUUUGGCAAAGAUCUGCUACGACAUGCCGGCCGUGAAAAACGCAAUUUUCUCCGAGUUGGCAAGCCCUCAAAACUAUUCGCUAAUCCUGACGAGCCCACCGAUCCAGGAGUACGGCACAAAAGUUGGAGAAUUUUUGCAGACGUCGCUCGAAUGGUUCGCUGAUGCAUCAAGCCCAUAUUCAACUAUCAGAGAAACAUGUCGAAAAGGCGGGGCGGCUCAUUUUCAGAAUAGUUCUCAUUUUACGGCGCAGCAGUGGAAGCAGAUGCGGCAGAUUUCGGCAAGCAAAUGCACGCGUUCCACUUCGAUGAACGAGGAGGGUGAGUGGCGUAGCCGUCCAGUUUCGAUGAGGAGCCAACAACUCUCCUGUCAAAAAUCGUCUCGCGAAUCUUCCGGAAACGAGGAAAUGCAACUGCUCGUCCCGAUGAAUUGCAUGGAACAGACUUUG